GGCUGCCGGCGGGGCCGGGCCGGAGGGGGCGCCCUGCGGGGGCGGGCGAGGCGGCGGCCCUCCGUGGGCAGGGCGGCCCGGCGCUGGCGGGGCUCGGGGACCCGCGCGGUCCUGCGUGGAGGUGCCGUGGUGAGAGACGGGACGGCACCCGGCUGGCGGCACCGCCCGGAGCUCAGCCGCGGCCUCGGUGGCCACCGCUGGGGGCCUGCGCCCCUGCUGCUCCGGCUCUGCCCUGACGUCCGCGCCCACCGCCCCCCAAGGUCCUCCCGCGGCCCUCAGCCUUCAGGACCCCCCGCCGGCUGGGAAACCCUCGUCUGCACUCUUCUCUCCCAGCAGGAGUUUUGGUGGCGGAGGGAAAUGGGAAGUUUGAGGAUGUGAGUUUUAUGCUGUCAUACUAGUCUGCCGUAAAAAAAAAAAAAAAAAAAAAAAAAAAGUCUUCAUCACUCUCCUGAUGUAGACAGUGUGUCCGCCUGAGCACAGUGCGUCCAUUGCCACCCACACUUGGAGAUGCUCACAUGUUUACGGGCACCCCCGACCCUGGGAAGAACUUGAGAGCUGCACGGAGUGUGGCUUCAGCACAGAAGUAUCUCCCAGACAGACUCUUCUGUGUGUGGUACUGGAACCCUUCCUUGUCCCUGAAGAUGGGGCUCAAGUGUACGUUGGGAAAUUGAAGGUGGAAUUAGGAAAUAAAUACAGGGAAGGAAGCUUCUAUUUAGGAUGUGAUCAAUUUGACUUCUCAUAGACUUUGAAAGAGUGACAUGAUUUAUUUUAAUUUUAUUGUAAUUGUCAUUCAGAGGAAUUUUGUCCUUUUAUAUUUGACUUCAUGCUUGGCGUUAUUGUGUGUUCCCUACAGCAGUUAGGUCGCCCAGUUCAGUUGGCUUUGGAGGCAGCUGGAUCUGUACAUUGAUGGCAAAGCCCAGUGGCCUAGAUCUUUCUUUCUUCCUUUUUUUUUUUUUUUUUUUUUUUUCUUGGUUGAGAGGGGGUCUCCUUAUGUAGUUCAGCCUGGUCUUGAACUCGCUAUAUACCCCAUAGGGGCUUGAACUCAGGACAGUCAUCCUGCCUCAGCCUCCUGAGUGCUGGAAUUACAGUCGUGCACCAACAGGCCUGGUUUGGACUAGAUUUUAGAAUGAACAGUGUAGCACAUUUCCUGAUUUCACACUGUUCGCAUCCUAAAUGACGCAUCAGCAAGGAAAAGCCACAAUAUUAAUAUUAAAAUCAAUAUUAACGCUUAAAAUACUAAAGUACUUACCAAAACAAUUUCAAAAAUGUCACCAUUAAACUAUAAAACUAAGAUAGAAGGUUAGACCAAAUCCCCAAAGUAGUAAUUUCUAGUACUUUCUUUACCCCUUGUUAGUUCCCAGCCCCUCCUGUUUAUUAAUUGCUCAUGCCUGGAUGGCAGCUACACAGGGCUCUUCUACUUCUGUGCUUCACAUGCAUUUGCUUAGUAGCAGAUACUGGCACACAGAAAGGGCUUGGGAUAAAUGUCACCUUGGCUGCUGCUUCUGCUUUCUCUAUUAGUAGUUUCCAAAAUUUAAAAAAUCUACAUGAGGCUGGGGAUUUAGCUCAGCAGCUUAAGCAUCUGCGUUGUGAGCCAUGAGUCGUGAGUUCGAUCCCCGGUACCAGUAAAAAAAAAAAAAAUCUACACACAAUAACAUCCAAGUCAGGAGACCUGUUUGAGAUACUCUAGGGGCCUUUUUACUAAACAGUAUCAACAAACACCCUCAAAAUCGCUUGGCUAGGAUUAUAGACUACCAAAUGUGGGAGUUGGAUAAGUUAGCUAGUUGGAGGAUAUCUCAGUAAGUCAGUUGUAUCUAUAAUAGACUUGAGGUGUCCAUAAGACAAGAAGAAAUAUCCCAUAGUCAUAAAUAUAGGUGUACAGUGACACACAGCCCCAGAGAUGUUCACGUGGGCGCUGAAACUGUGAGAACAGAGGAGACGGUGACCCCGUGCACGGAACUGCUCCUGAACACAGAACUUUCCCUGAUUUGCCCUCAUCCCUACCAGACUUCUUGAGUUCCAGCUUAAUGGGAAAGUAUUUGCAUUAAAUAUAAUAGUUAAUGUUUCUAAUACAUUCAGUUUAUUCAAAUUUUAUGAAAAUCACCAAGCUGCAAGUUGAUAAAUAGGCAAAAAGAUAGAAAUAAAUCUUCACUCUAGAAGAUAGUCAACAAUAAACAGAACAGAUGGGAAAAUGUUCACUCUUACAGGAAUAAAUGAAAAAGCAAUCUUGAGAUACCACAUUGCCCCUUUAAAAAUAACAGAAAAAAACUGUUGGUGAUAAUGAGAGUGAAACAGGUUGUCUGAUGUUAGUAACAUAAGUGAACUGCAAGCCUUUGAGUGAGCAGUAUCACAAUGUAUCUAUAAAGAUAUGCCUUGCCUUUGAUCCAAUUGUCUAAUUUUUAGGUAUUUCUCAUUAGUCUGAGACGAAGGUAGAAAAGAUUCCACAUCAACAUUUAUUAACUGCUGCUUUUUAAUAUAAUAACAGUAAUUAUUGCAGUAAUGAUAACAGCUAACGUUUAUUGUAGCCUUUAACUGUACACUAGGUACUGUAUUAAAUAUAUUACACAGAUUUAAUUAAUCCUCCUAGUAACUCCUUUAGGCACACUCUUUAAUUCCCAUUUCACAGAGAAGAAAGCAACUUACACAAGUUGAGUAUCUCAUCUAAAUUAAGCAGUUGAGUAUCUUACCCACGUUAAACAGCUCAAAUCAAGGUCUAUUUCAAAACUGUUUUAUCCAUCAGUACUGAAUAAUACAACCAUCCCUUGGGAUAGGUAUUGUCAAUGGCAUUUUACAGAAAGGAAAGUUAAAUUUAAAAAAGUCGGGGAAUUUGUCCAGGAAAUGGUUCACAAAUGAUUGACCUAGAAUUUAAACCAAAAUUGAUUUGGCUCCAAAACUACAUAUGUAUGUAUACAGACAUACACAUAUAUAUGUGAUCUCAACUAGCACAUAUUUUUAUAAAUGUAGUCCCAUAAAUAUCUUUUUUUAAAAUCAGUUUUUUAAAAACCACAAUUACAACCCCUACCACCCCACCUCCAUCAACAGCUCUCAUGAAUGAAACUCCGAAAGAGAACAUACUGCUGUAGCUUGUAUCACCACAGUAAGCAGGAAACAGAUACCAGGAAGACAAAAAUGUUUACUUUUCCUGUUACAGAAAACUUAUGAAAUGUAAGAUGUUACGAUGCUUGAUAUAAUGUGGUUGACAAAUGACGUCUAGAUUUAGACCUUCUUUGCUCAAUAGUAAGAUUACAGCCCAGAAAGCUUUUCCAUAAUUUAUUUGUUUCUGAUUGAUUUACACUCGUGUCCUUGAGAUGUUGCAUAGUUUUGAAGGCUACUGUAUGUUGUAAUGUUGUGAAAUGGUCCAUAGCUAGUAGAAGCAGCAUCAUUUUGCAAAGAUGAAAAGCCAGAUACACUAGCCUCUUGUCUGUCUUUGGCUUUCUGCCUGGCCUCUUCUCUGCUGGCCUGUGAAAUUUGCCCCUAAGAGAUAAGAAUUUCAAGAGACACCAAAUCCCUAAUUGUCAGGAAUUCUACUAUAUGCCAGACAAUAUUGGCUAUGAGAUUACGGCAGAGAAUGAAAGCGGAUUCUGUCCUAAAUGGCUUCAGUCGGUGAAUGUUUUUAUUGAUAGCAGAGCCUGUAAAUGAAGUGCUCAUAUCAAUGUAAUCCAUUUGAGAGGUGCCCUGUGUGACUGGAAAAGGGACCAUGAAAUCAGUGCCUAGCAUAUUCCCAGAAGAACUGAAAACAUCAUACCACAGUGAUAUAUGUGCACCCAUGUUUAUAGCAGCACAAUUUGUAAUAGCCAGGUCUUGGAAACAACCUAAGUGUCCAUCAACUGAGGAAUGGAUAAAAAUGUGUGGUAUUUUUAUACAAUGGAGUACUACUCAGCUAUAAAGAAUGAUCACACUAAGAUAUUUAUAAAUAAAUGGGCGCAACUUGAGACCAUACUCAUAAGCGAAAUAAAUCAAACUCACAUGUAUAAAUACUGUAUAGUCUCCCUACUGUAAGAAAUAGUAAGAGCACAUAAGAAUUUAUGGUAAUGAUGACUCCCCAUUACAUUGCUUUGAAGCCUUAUAAUGUUUUCAUUCAUUAGAUGAAAUGGUUUUAACCUGUUUUGUUUGAUGUUAUUAUCUGUGAUGGUAUGAACAGCUAUUUUGAAGAAAAUAAGUCAUAAUAGCCAGUGCUGAUUUAAUAUCAUCUUACUGUGGAGUCCUGCCAUGCGUCUGUUCUUCUGUUUCCUCUGGUUCUAUCAUGUUGUAUCUUAUUCGAUUGUAUAUGUGUGAUAAUAUAAAGAAAUUUUCUAUGGAAAAUGAGAUAAUAUAGUAGCCAUUGUUCAUUUUCUGUUAUUUGGUUCUCUAUGCCCUGUAAUACUUUCAUUCUCUUCAAUGGUUUUAUACUAUCUUUCUAUGUUUGAUACUAUUAUAUAUGAAGUUAUGCUCAACUAUUUCAAAGAAAGAGACAUUAUGAUAGGCACUGUUAAUUACGGAUUGUCUUCUGGUGAAAUACUGUGUCGCUUGCAUUAUUCUGUUCUGAUCUGCUUUGUUACGUCCUGUUUUGUCUUAAUCUCUUUAAAAUUAAAAAAAAAGAAAAGAAAAGAAAUCAGUGCCUAGAAGUAAAGGUGUGCCCUACAGGUUUAAGUGUUUUGCCAUGUGACAGUGGUGUCAGAUUAAUACCAUGACUUUCUGAGGAGGCUGUGCUUUCCAACAAUAGGGAAUUUGUUAAUUCCCUUAACCAAGGCGGGAAGUUUCUUGCAGAUUAUUCUUCAUGUUACUCCUUUGGAGUGGUCUCCCUGGGCAAUACACAUAGGACAACUAUGGUAACAUAGGCCAUAACCCAAGGGCAAACUGUGGUGUCCUUUUUAAGCUUUGUGAUAUUAUACAUCCUUUAAUUUUUAAAGUUUGUUAGUUAUGUUUGUUUUUAGCCUCAUCCUAAACCUGGUAUUGCCAGGAUUUUAAUUUUAUUUUUCCAAAGCUUGCAAAAGCCAGACACAGAGGCACACACCUGUCCUAUAAUCCCAGAUACUGGAGGCUAGAUGAGGAGGAUUGGAAGUUUCAGUCCAUCCUGGGUAACUUGGCAGGACCUUGUCUCAAAGCAGUUUGUAAAAGGAUUAGGAAUGUGACUCAGUGUAGAGCACUGCUGGAUUCAUCCUCAGUCCAGGGCUGGGAAAAGGCAGGAACAAGAACUCUAAUGAAGCCUACCAUUUACUGAACAUUUGCUUUCUGCCCAGCUGUGUGGAUGCAUUGUCUCAUUUAAUUCUCACAGCAGCCUGAUGACUUGGGGGCUUUGAAUAAAUCUCCACCCUAGAGAGGAAGCUCAGCGAGGGGGACAAGUAACUGUCCUGAGAAGCACUAGCAAGCUGGGAACUGUUGGAUUUGCAACUGCGUCAGCAAGCAGUCGCUGUAGUGCUGCCUCCCACAGUACAAGAAAACUGUGACUUCCCGCUCAUCACCCUUCUGGCUUGUAACAAAGCCAUGAGCAAAAUCUUCUCCUAUUAAAGCUCUUGGUAUUUCCACUGACCAUGAAAAUAGCAAACAGACUAUUGUGGGAGGUCAUGUGCCCAACCAAAAGGUGAGGAUGGUUAUUCCUAAAGAAAAUGAAAUAAUAAAUAUUGAAGGACAAUUUUCAGUAGCUUCCUAUAUAGGAAAACUUCUGACCACCACUUAUGUUAACAAACGUGUAUAUGUGUUUUGUAAGGAUGCAGUCUAAAUUGUUAGGCUUGCUGUCUUGGGAAUGAUAUUUAAUUGACUUGAACUCUUUUACUAUUUUAUUUCUUGCAUUUAUUGUGUUAUAAAAAAUAAUGAUGACAGUUUUUAAUAAUGAAAUGCAGAAUGUUUUUACCUUUACAAAUGUUUUUUAAAAUAACUUCUUUAUUUAAAAUGUCUAAGUGUAGAAGAACUGUAGUAUACUAGUGUAUACACGUGUGCGUUGGUGCGCAGUAAAUCGUACACCAUCCUUGAGCCCUGGGCUCGAGGGUUAUCUCAGGUGGAGAGCCUCGCAUACUUAGUGUGUGCUCAUUACCCAGCAAGAUGAACUGGGACUUAUGCUUACAAGACAGGGAAAGAAAGGUCUGGGAAGCCGUGGAAAGGGGUGGUUGCUUCCGCAGCACACGUACUAAGAUUGGAAACCAGUAAGCAACAACAGAAGGACCGCUUGAGUUAGUCUGAAAAUACUUUCCUUCCUCAUUAGCAUAGACAUCCUUAACCGAGAACCACAUGAAGGGCAAAGGAAGGUCAGGCGAGGGCCAGAAGAAAGUGUUUUUCUUCCUUGUUAGCACACACAUGCUUUAAAACUGGGCAGCGGUGGCGAGAGCCUUGCCUAAGCGUUGACCUUCACACGCCUGGGGAAAUUCUGUCCUUCACCUGCAUCCAGGGCUGCAGCCUGUGGCAUCUGAGAACCGCGCUCGGCUCCCUCGCCUUCUCAGGAAUGUUUCCUUGUUGACAUUGCCAACAACCCCACUGCAAGGCUGCCCUUCAAAUAUUAAGUUGGCACGCCAAGCAGUAGCCAACUUCCUCAUUCCACUGUGUGACAGCUUUCUAGUGAUGAAAGACGAAACUGAGAGCUAAAAAGUUGUGAUUUUUAAAGAUUGCUGUCCAGUUUUCUUUGGUUUCAACUUCAAAACAAAGCAUUUAUCAGCAGUGGAAGGAAAAGAGAGUAAUGGGAAGAGAGUAAAUUACCUAUCCUGGUAGCUGCUCUGUGUUCUCCAUUACUAUACUUUUAUUUUUAAAGAAUGUUUAUAAAUAGAAAAACACACAGGACGUAACCGUUUGAAACUCGCUUCUUUAACUCUGUAACACGGCUUUGAGAUUUGCCCAAGUUGUAUGUAUCGGUAAUUCAUCCCUUCAGAUUGCUGAGUGGUACAUGUUCUAUUACGUGAUACAUGGGCAUCGCAGUUAUUUAUCCAGGCAUCUGCUGAAGAACAUUUGUAGUGUUUCCAGGUUUGGAUGAUAUUGAAUAGAGCUGCUAUCCAUGUCUGUGUGCAGAUUUUUGUGUGAAGAUUUGUGUUUUUAUUAGGAGUAAAAUCAAAAGAUCUCUUAUUUUUAACUUUAUAAGAAACUGCCAAAUUAUUUUGCCCCAGACCUAUAAUAUUUUGAAUUCCUACCAUCAGUGUAUAGAGGUUCUAGUUUUUUCCUCAGUUGUUUGUGCAGCUAUCAUAAAAUACCUUAGAUUGCGCAAUUUAUAAACAACAGAAAUGUACUGCUGACAGUUCAAGAGUCUGAGAAGUCCACAAUCAAGGUAUGUUUGGUACCUAAUAGGGUGGGCAGUGCCUUCUGGGUGCACUCACGUGGCGGAAGAGGCCAGAGUCUCCCCCUCAAGGCUUUUUGUAAGGGUGCUAAUCUUAGCCCACUAAUUACUUCCCAAAGGCCCUACCUCUUAUUACUACCAGCAUGAGGCUUACAUUUCAACUUUGCUAAACUCACUUAUUGCACAAUGUCUUUUAGUUUUUGGUAGUUUUUUUUUUUUUUUUUUGAGUGGUAAUCUAUGUAAACAAUUGUCAUCUGCAAAUAAAGGCAGUUACUUACAUUUGUUUUGUUUUGUUUUAAUUUGGUUUGGUUUUCUUUUGAGACAGGGUCUCACUGUGUUGCUCAGGGUGUCAAACUUACUAUGUAGCCCAGUUGGGUCUCAAAUUCAUGGCAGUCCUCCUGCCUCAGCCUCCCGAGUGCUGGGAUUACAGGCAUCAUCACGUGCCCUGGGUACAUGUCUUAUGUUUGAUAUGCAUGUGUUUUAUUUCUUCUCUUUGUCUAAUAUUGGCUAGGACUUCAAACAUGAUAUUGAAUAAGAAUGUUGAAAUUAUACAUCCUUGUUUUGUAGCCAAGUACAGUAUUCGGUUUUCACUGUUAGGUGUGAUGUUAGCUCUAAGUGGUGGUUCUGUUUUGUUUUAGAUGCAUUUUAUCAGAUUCUAUUUCUUGCUGCUAAAAUUUUUUGUCCAUUUUUUAAAUAUAUAAGUUAACAUGAUCAUAUAAUUUUUGUUCCUUAGACUAUUGAUAUGGCAGUGUAAAGUAACAAAUUUUAAAAUAUCAAACCAGCCUUCCUCUUGGAGGCUGAACUGUGUUCUCUUUAGAAAUAUAUUUCAUUUAUAUUUAUAUAUUGUUAUACAUUAUAUAUAAAAUAUAUUUUAUACUAUAUAUACAAUAUAAUGUGUAUGUAUAUAUGUGCUGUGGUCCUAAUCCUCGGUACUCAGGAUGUGACCUCAUUUGGAGUUCCGGACUUUACAGAGGUAAUCAAUUAAAAUGAAAUCGCUAUGUCAUGAGGUGGCUCCUAUUCUAAUAUAAAGGCUGUCCUUACAAAGAGGAAUAUUUAGACACUGAAAGGCAUGAGGGAAAUGCCAUGAGCCAAGGAGAGUGAGGCUUCCACAAACCAAGGACAGCAGGAGCUGGAGCCAGGCUGGGCAGGCCCGGCGUGAGCCCUCAGGGGGACCACAGCGCGCCCCCCCCCCCCAUCUCUGGCCUCCAGAUCUGUGGGACGAUGAAUUUUUCUUCACUCGGUUAUUUUAUUUACAUGUCUGCAGUGCUGGGCAUGAGCCCAGGGCCUGGCAGACGGCAGGUAAGCUGUCUACCAGUGAACUGUGAUCCCAGUCCAUGAAUCAAAAACACUUGAAAAAAUUACAUCUGUACCAAAAAUGUGCAGGCUUUUUUCUUGUCAUUAUUUCCUAAAUAGUACGCAACUCUUUAUGUAAUAUUUACGUUGCCUUAGAUUUUGCAAGUAAUCUAGAUCAGAAGACUCAAGCAUGUGGGAGGAUGUGUGUAUAUGGUGUAUAUGGAGGGGUAUUCAAAUACUAUGCCAUUUUAUGUAACAAUUAAAACUCUACAGAUGCUGGCAUUUACGGUGGUAAUGGUAAUAGGGUAUUCUGGGACUUUGCCCCAUGAAUGCUAAGGAAAGACCCUGUUUACCUGAAUUUACUUCUUGUAGCUCUUUUGCAAUGUAGCUAUUCCAAGUUUCCUUCUGGUAAACUUGCCCUCACACUUGAAGAACUCCCCUUAGGAAGUCCUGCAGCAAGUCUGCUCCCAGCGGAGUCUGUGUUUCUUUAUGUGUAAAUCUGGUUCACUCUCAUACCUGAAGGGCGUCCUCCUGGAUAUCCGGUUCCGAUGGACAGUUUAUUCCCUCACCACUUCACAGCGCUGUGCCCGCGGGCUCCUCUCCUCUCCUGCAGUCUUCCCUGACUUUGUAGUUCCUUAGCGCUCCCCUUUCAGUGCUCUGCCCUCCAGCAGGAGAGUACACUGUAAGGACGCCUGCCGCCCCCUGGGCACCACAGCACCCGUCAGCCCUCAGCCUCUCCUCCCGCAGUUCCAGCGCCCGUGGGCCCUGGUACCACGGCCCUUGCGGUCAGGACACCUUGCCUUUGCUCUCCAGCCUGAACUAGGGGUCUUCCCAGGAACUGUCUCCAUUCACACCGUGCCCACUUCCGACUCUGGAUUGCCCUCAACACAGACAAGAAUAAGUUCAUGGCUGCUUUUCUUUCACCAUGUGCAUAUGACUACUUAGGUUCCUCAGGUAACUGCUCUGUGCAUUUAUCCAUGUUUCAUGGCGAGGAGAGAAGGGAUAGAAAGUGGUUAUUCGGCCUUCCCUGGAGCCAGAAUGGUCUGGAAUUAGGGUUUUUUUUUGGGGGGGGGGGUGACUUUUCAAGUUUUUUUAUUUUAAAGAAAAAAAAAUAACAGAAAAUUCAAGAAGCAAACAAAUCAAAAAACAACAAAAGUAAAACAAUAACAAAGAAUAACAAUAGCUAUAUAAGUUUUCAAAACAAGAUGAUAGGAAUUUAGCAAUGGUCAUUAUAUUGCAUAUCGUAAAAUAGUUGCUCAGAUUACCAGGUACAAGAAUAAAACAAACAGUACAAUGGAACAAAACAUUGGAUUUCAAAAAUAAGACAGAAGGAGAUCCCGCACAGUUGCUAUGAUGCGUAUUGUUACCUCCAAAUAGAUGCUCAGACUACCAGCUGUAGGCCUGCAGGGCAAGCAGUUCCAGCGUUAAGUUGCUCUGUUCACUUCCAUCGCUGUCGUCUCAGCCUGACUCCCCCGAAUCAGCCUGCUGCUUAUGGGGGCGGAGGGUGGCACCCUUGUCUCCCAGGCACACACAGGCUGGCCCGCGGGAGGGCGUGGUUUGGCUGCUGGAUUCUCUUCCGUUCCCCAUGGUGGCUCUCUACUUUUUAUGGAAUCUUUUAUUGAGUUAAAGUUCAUGUAAUGUAAAAUUAUCUACUUUGAAGUGAACAAUUCAUGGCAUUUUGUACAUUCACAGUGUUGUGCAAUUACCACCUCUAUGCAGUAUAAAAACGUUUUUGUCACCCUCAAGUAGAACGUGUGAGGUUGUUACUCUCCUUUCCCUUCUGCCCCUAACUCUAGAACCCGCUAAUCAGUUUUCCAUCUCUGUGAAUGUACUUAUUCUGGGCAUUUCGUAUUAAUCGAAUCCUAUAAAAUACAGCCGUCCUGGUCAUGAUGGUGCAGGCCUGGAAUCCCUGCACCAAGGGGAACCGAGGCAGGAGCAUCACAAGAUUGAGGCCACUCUGCUACGUGAUGAGAUCCUGUCUCAAGAAAGAAAAAGGAAAAAAGUAGCCUUUUGUGCCUGGGUUCUUAACAUGGUUUUGAGGUUCCUCCACCUUACAGCAUAUAUCAGUAUUUUGAUCCUUGCUAGAAUAAUAUUCUCUUAUGUGGAUGUACCACAGCUGGUUUAUCCAUUCAUCCACUGAUAGAAAUUUGGAUCAUUCACUAUUUAGCUAUUGGGAACAAUGUGGGUACAAACAACUACCUUCUAAGUAUUGUGAACCUGUUCUCAAGAAUAUAUGGGGAGUGUGUUUAACUGUGUGUUUAAGACGAAACUCAAAUUGUCUUUCCCGCAUUCACUUUUAACAUAGUUAUAGUCGUACUGUUUGUAUUUAUAUUCCUUAUAUAAUAUUAGAACAUAAAAAUAACCUCCUCAAAUUAAAGACUCGAGUGGCUAUAUAAAAUACAUAAUUAUAUAUUUAGUUAACUAUCCAUUAUUUUAGUUCCAUUGAUGUUUUACUCAGUGUGUUUUUAUUGUACGUUAAACGACACUGUGGCAAACUAGUGCGUGCAUUCAGGCUGGUAUGGCCAUGGCCGUACAGUCUUAAUUCAAAUAAUCUCUCUGGAGUAAAUUUCAAAAUGUAGAAUAAUUAGGUUAAAUGAUGUAAAUGUUUUCUAAGUUUUUGUUACUUGUUCCCAAGUUGUUUUCCAAGAUUAUUUUACCAUAUUAGUAUGUGUCUACCAUACUAUUCCUAGCACUAGACGGUGUUUUUUUUUUCAUAUCUGCUAAUUUUGUAGGAAAUUACUUUUCAUGUGCUUUAUUUAGAUUCUAAUGUUGUGGUUACAGCAAACUUAAACUUCUUUAUAAAUUUACUAUUCAUUUGUGUUUCUUGAUUUAUGCAUGUUAUUCGUAUUUUUGCCUAUUUAUGUAUCUAGCUCUGCAUCUAGAAUUCUCAUCACAAUCAACAGAAAAGCUAAACACAGCUUUAAGAAAUUGGAACCAGGUGUGGUGACGCAUACCUAUAAUCCUAGCACUCAGGAGGCAGAGGCAGGAGGAUUGCUGCAAGUUCGAUGCCAGCCUAGGCUACAAAGCAAGUUCAAGCCAGCCUGAACUGCAUAGUGAGACCCUGUCUCAAAAAGAAAAAGAAAUUGGAGGUAAAUUUUAUGGCAUAACAAAACAACUGGAAUUAGGCAGCUGCUAGCUGGCUUAGUGGUUUCGGGACAUUAAACAGGACAGAUGUCUUUGUAAUGUAAUACGGCUACAGCUUCUCUGGGCAUCACAUUCAUGUUCAGGGCAGGAAGAAGAGGGGAAAGCAGACCCAGGGGUGCGAGUGUUCCUUUUAUCAUGGAGAUAAGAUCUUGCCCAGAUGUUUUCCAAGCAUAUCUCUCCUUUUAUGUGUCAUUAACUAGAACCAGAGUUUAGGCCUCCGUUAGCUGUGAAGAAGCUAAGAAACCAGGGGAUGGGACUGAAGUGCUUUGUUACGCGUGGCUCAGCCAGGAUCCAGCCCUGGCCCGGACACACUGCUGCUGCCGGAACCGAGAAGGGAGGGACAUGGCAGGGCGCAUGCCUGACGGCCACCAGCACAAUGUGGCGCAGGGUUGGCACAGUUUGUUUUAUUGAUUUAUAUGUCUCUCGGUAAAUUGAGGAAGUUGGCUUUUAACUUACUUACCAUGGACAUUCCCCAGCUUCCAGCUUGCACUUAGAUUUUAUUUAUCUGAAAAUAGUUUUUCUUCAUUUGUAUGUAAUAAAAUGUACAAAGUUUAAAUUUUUUUCAUUUUGUUUUUAAGAUAGUAGGUUCUUCUCAGACACAAAUCAGGUCAGUAUUCACAUCUGGACCAGUCAUGACAGCACAAGUAUCUAUAGUCCCAGCUUCUAGGCAAGCUGGAGCAGGAAGAUUGUUUGAGAUCAACACAGAAACCUCAUUUUUUUUUUUCUGAGACUUGCUAAUGCAGUUCAGGCUGGCCUUGAACUCACAGCAGUACUCCUGCCUCAGCCUCCCACGUACUGGGCUUACAGGCAUGUGUCACCAAGCCUGGCAAGACCUCAUUUUAAAAAAAUCUCUUCUAAUUUUAAAACCUUUUAAAAUAUUUUAACAUAUAUAUUUUGUCUCUAAAGUAGGAUAAGUAUAUAAAUUGAUUUUUCCCCAAAUAGCUAGUGAGUUGUCUUGAUAACAUUUAUUUCCAUCCAUUUCUAGAACCCAUGAUACACAGUAGGUCCUUUUUAUUUAUCUGUGGUUUUACUUUCAGUGAUUUGAAUUACUCAUGAUCAACCAAAAUGUGAAAAUAUGUGGAAAAUUCUACACAUAAUAUUUAAAGUGUGCCCUGCUGAAAUCUCGCACUGUCUAGCUCUGUCUCACCUGCGAUAUAAAUCAGUCCUCUGUCCAGGAUAGCCACCCUGAUCCCCUGCCUGUUAGGUGUUUAGUAGCUGACUUGCUUUUCAGCUGGACUGUUGAGUGCUGCAGUGCUUGUGGCCACGUAACUUUGUGUAGGAGCACCUGUGGACUUCACGUCAAAUCUUCUUGGAGACCUCGUAUUGUCUUACAUCAUAGUGUUGUACGAUAAGAUAUUCUGAAAGAGAAUGACCGUGUUUACAUAACUUCUAAAGCAACAUAUUGUUAUUAUUAAUUGCUGAUCACUUACAGUACUUAAUUUAUGUUUAAAUUUAUCAUAGGGUGGAAAACACAGUAUAUAUAGGGCUGGGUACCAACCAGUCUCAAGCUUCCACUUGGGGUUCAGGACACAGCCUUCGUGGAUAAUGUGGAGACUACGGAACAACCAACCAACCAAGUAACAAACAGCUGACUAAAUGUUACAACAUCAGCUUUUGUGGAAUAAGGCGAUUGAGGGGAAGAGGCCUUCGUAGAAAAAAGCAAGAUUGCCAUAAUAUAGAUGAGUGCAGAGAGUUAAUGGAUUUGCUUGUAUUUCUUUUUUCUUCCUAUUUCUUAUGCCAAGUGACAAACCCAGCUGAAGAUAGACCACUGGUCUUGAAGUCUCCAAAAAGGUGACCUGACUGCCGUUUAGAUCUGGUUUUUUUUCCAAAGCAAACCAGUGUCCUGGUAGGGUGGUGUGAUAUGGUAAAUGCAUUUCCUUACUUCCAUCCAUGGUUCCUGGCUCGUAACUCCCUUCCAGGCCGUAUGGAGCAGAAUAUCUUUUCCUCAAGGCAGAUCAUAAAAAUUAUAAUCUAGCUUCCUCUCUUCCAUCCUCCAUGGAGCUGCUGAGCUUAAAAGAAAUUCUCUGGCUACCUCCUCCGAUGAGAUGAUUGACUUUGAUUUCAGAAGGGGCCUUGCCAGACAUCCAGGAGAAGAAAUGCGGAAGCCCAUGAACAGAUGGGCCUUCUGGGUUUCCCCACUCAGCCUCACUACUAGAUCCUAACCUUCUGUCCAGUCACAUUUCAUCCAUACUUGGAUCAUGCCUGUGCAGGGGGGUCUCCAGACAAGCCCCAAGUGCCAGGGUUCAAGGCGCGGCCACAAGGGGAAGGUCCUGCAGAGCCGCACAGUGGAGAGGGCCUGGGCGCUCCAUGCCCCUCACCGCAUCUUCAUUUAUACCUUUGUUAUUCAUAGGAAACCAGUAAAUGUGUUCUUCUGAGUUCAGUAAGUAGAGGGUUGUGGGAAUCUCGACUUCAGCCAGACAGAAGCACAGGAAAAGCAAUCUGGGGUUUUCUGCUGGCAUCUGAACUCUGUGGGGAGGGGGAACUAGCUCCAGGUUGACAGUGUCAGAACUGAAUUGAACUAAAAGCUGGCAGAAAGCACUGCGUGAGUUCUGGUCACAAAAAUCUUCGUGUGGAUUGCUGUGGUGUGAGAGCAGAGGAAAAGUAGUUUGUUUUUGUAACAGAAGUAGUAUACAUUUUUAACUUAUAACAAAACUAAUUUGCUUUAAGAACUACCUAACCAGAAGGACAAGCCAUUAAAAGGAUGUCUAGACAGGUAGGAAGACAAAACAGAACUUCAUCUGUUACAAAGUUAAUGUUUCCUACUUACAAGUCAGCUAGAGAAAAGCUCUUUAGGAGACCAUUGUCUGUUGGUCAGUCAUGAUCCAAUCAGGAAAAUGGAGAUUAUUCUGUAUUUAAAUAGAAUAUUUGUCAUGAAUGGGCCACAGAGUAACAGAAAGGAGCAAGAAAACAAUCAGGGCAGUGAGGCAAACCAGAGAUAGACACAAUCAGGAAGCUUCUGCCGCCCGUAGGUGGGAAGCAGUUUCGCACUGGUGACUGGCUCUCCUGGGGAGGGGCCGCCUGCUUUGUUGUGCUGACCAGUUUCAAGCCAGCAAGUUUAACGAUCAGUUGCAAAAUCCUUGAAUAUUUAAAAGUCUGCUGAUAUGAGUCAGUGCAAGCCAACUCUACCGUAGGACUGCCUGAAGAGUCAAGGGGAGCAGGUGGUAUUAUCCAAGCCCUUAGGCUGAGAUCCCCCCAAAGAAAGGGGAGCCAUGAGUGACCCGGGGUUUGGAGAUGUGAGAGACAGCCACUUUCAGAAGUUGUUCAUGAGGCAGAGAGAAGAGGAGAAAUACACUGACUACAUCUGUCUUCUCACCCCCAGCCUAGCAGUUUCUCAUGGAAACUGGUUAGAAGCAACUGGUUAGGCAGGUAACCUGGGGAAUGCAGCCAGUAGAGGUCACCUUCCUGCUCCACACGGCAGAGCCGGGAGGUAAAACUGCAUGUCCUCUUCAAUUUCUGUUCCCUUCCCUCGUCCUUUAGAUGCUGUGUUCUCUCACCGCCAGUUCACGGGUUGCGUCCCUGCCUGAACAUUCUCUCCGGUGUCCGCUGCUCUCGCCACGCUCGCCUUUGCGCCUUUCCGUGUCCUGUCUCUGCUUCUGCACCCUGGGAGGUGCCUUUCUGUGCUGUGUCUUGUCUCUGCCUCACUCUUCUCCGGAUCUUCUUUCCAGAAAGGGACCGUGACAGGCUCUGUCAUGCAUGCAGCAGUCAGGGUCUUUGGGUAGAAAGGAAGAAAGUCUCAUUCCUGGCAAUUUAGGUAAAGGAAGCUUUGUGGAAAAGUUAUGCCUGAACUGGAGCCAGAAUUUGAAGGACUCAGAACAUGAAGAUGUUCCUGGGGACCAGCCACUCGCUCUGCUGGCCUCUCACAGUCUGCACUGACCUCCUCCCGGGAUGCUGAUCACACCCCACAUUCAUGUUGCUGCAUUCUCAGUUGGUUACUCGCCCUGGUCCAGAUGCUGGUGGUCAUGUCCAUCGUACCAGGUCACUGAUGCAUCUCUAGCCAGCCUAGGCCCAAAUAUCUACUCUGCAACACCUCCAAGAGAUGGGGACGGGGACUGAGCGUGGGGGACCCUAAGUGAGGGUGAUCCACUGCUCAGUUCAGCUGCAGCAGUGAAGCUGGGUGGAGGGUGCUGAGACUCAGCCCUCCCGGGGGAGCUAUGCAUUUGCUUUCUCUGUGCUCUGUGUCCGCCUGUGCCCAGAGACUAAUUGGCACAUCUGAUGUGUCUGUCUGGCAUCUGCGAUGACAAGUUGUAGGCUACGGGCUCUGCUAAGAAAGCUUUUCAACUUUGGCUGAAUAAAAUCACAAUUAUCUGGGAAAUACCAGAACUACCAGUACCAGAUGGUGCCCUGAGACGUUCUAGCCUAAUUGCGCUACAUCUAGGUCGAUGCAGUACUUUUUUAUAAAGUUCUUCAGUGACUGUUGUGCACCAAGGGAUUCCUGGGCAGUUAAAUCACGGACUGCACUUGUCCUGUCUUUCCUGUGCUCUUUCACACGAGUUAAAAGACUGCUAAUUUCACACAAAACCCUGUCAUUUGGAAGGAGAAAGCCUGGGAUCCUACAAAAAGACAAAUAAGAGGGCCAUGCCUGGCACAGUAUAAUAAACCUUAUGGGUGGUAUUUUCCUACUCUAAAAUCACUUAACAGGAUCAAAGGGACUUUCUGCCCCUCAAACUGUUCAGUUUGGCACCUGGAAAACCACUUUUUACUUGUGUUGUUUUUGUUUUAUUUUGCUGCCCACUGAGUAUGGGUUCGUGUAAACACAAAUGGUAUAAUAGUCACAAGGUAAUUCGAUCCUGGCCUUAUGAACUGAGUUCCUUGAAUCCCACUGUUGUCAGAAAUUCUUCACACUGGCUUUGUUCAAUGCCUGUCUUUAAAACUGAUGCCAUGUAUUUUAUGAAUGGUUUCCUUUUUUUCCCCCCAAAAGUCAUUUUUUAUUCAGAAAUCAUAAAGGCGUAUGCAACGACGUUGGGAACUGUGCUGUGUGAGGCCUAAUUUGCUGGCUCGCUUGUAGCAUUUGCCCCUGAGCUUGCACUGCGAAGCUGCUCUUCGGGGUCUCCAGGAGCCAAGGAAGAACUCUGCUGCGGAAAGUUGUUCCUAAGUAUUGGCUCUAGGUUCUUCUCUCCUCACUGCAGGAAAGGUGCUAGUAUGCGAGUGGGGUGUCCAGCAAGGGGCUCAUACUUUCAUUGGGGAGCACGUAAGGAAGAGUAUGGCCCGUGGUCCACACUGGUCUGCUUCCAGAUACCUCUUCCUCCUCGGCGACAUCAGGGAGGGCACAGGUUCCGCGCCCCACCCUCAGCAAUCUGCCUCCUCACCCACCAAAACUCAUUUUUACUUGUAGGUCACAGUACAACGCUGGCUCCAGUGAAGCAACUGGAGGCCAGUAAAUUAGGUCAUGUCUGUCCAUCGUUGUUUAAUUGCUCUGCCACUGUCAUCCAGGCAAAGUCUUAAACCAGUUUAUGAGUAACACAGUUCCUGCAGGGUAGCCGUAUCCACCUUCAAAGCCAUACCAGAUCCCACCCCCGCGGUUCUGCCAAGGUCUGGUUCAGCUUCCGCCAGGCUUUCUUCCCACUUCCCCGUGUGCCAAUGUUUAGCGCCUUGUUUGGGGCCUCCCAGAGCCUUAAGGAGAACUCUGAGAGACAAAAUGAUACAUAAAUACUAAUUUUUUAUUAAAAACUAUUUCCAUAUGUCCAUAGACCAACUCAUGAAAAUUACAGAUGCCAGAUUUGCAAACAGUUCCCCAAAGCAUCAGGGAUAGUUUUAUCAUUCAAGUGGCACAAAAGCUUUUCUGUUUGCAGCUUACCUCAGCUUUAUCUCUGAGGCACUUGGGUACAAGUGACAGCCUCCUAAAGAUGGAAAAUGCUACAGUUCUGAAUGUGAGGUCAUUUCAGGAAGUAAGUCAGACUCUGGCUACUUCUUUUUUGGUACCAGAGAUUGAACUCACAACCUUGCACUUGCUAGGCAGGUAGUUCUGCCACUGAGCUUAAUUCCCAGCCCUGGCUACUUCUUUGGCUUGGAUCUGCCUUCCUUCCUGGGAGGCAGGUAGUCACCAGGAUUUUAACUAUGGGUCAGUCAGCAGUUAGUGUUAGGAGUGGCACUGCAGUUUCAUCUUCUUGUCUCAGAGUUGCCAUUAUUUAGCAGGGGUAUUGGAAUCCUAUGUACCUCAUUCUGGAGAUAUAAAAAAUGCUCUGUACAAUCUUUCAAUGCAGUGAAGGAAAAGGAUUUUAAAACAGCUUUAAUAACCAUGAUCCAUAGAUACCAAAAUCCCUUAUUUAAGCUAUGUAGAAAAAAGAAGAAAAAUAUAAAUAAAUAAAUGAUGUAGGCCGGGCAUAGUGGUGCACCACUCUAACCCCAGGACCUGGGAGGCUGGAGCAGGAGGGUCACUGCAAGUUUGAGGCCAGCUUGCACUAUGCAAGCACCAGCUUGCACAAGACCCUGUCUCAAAAAACCAAAAUAUUUUAAUAAUAAGAUAAAAUUAAAAAUGUAGUAUUUGCAGAUUGCCCAUGCGUAUCCUCUCAUUUACUUUAAAGCAUCAUUAGAUGAUUUAUUCUUAAUAAAAUGUAAGUGCUAUGUAAAUAGUUGUUAAACUAUAUUAAUUAGGGAAUCAAGACCAGAAAAAGACUAUUCAAUACAGAUGAACAUUUUUCAAAUGUUUUAAAUCCAUAGUUGGUGGAAGCCCCAGACUAUGGAGGACUAGCUAUGUCUUCACUACAGUGUUGCAAAUCAUAGAUAAUUAUGUACAGGCACAGAGAGAUCAUUUAACCGUGUACUGGAGAAGACCAUUCUGAACGGCUUCUUGAGGAGGUGAGAGGUGAGAAAGACAGUCCUCAUGCAGUGAGCAGCGUCAGUAAAGGCACCGAGAUGUGAGAGAUUGGUGAGACUGAGGCACUGUCUGCAUCCUCUCUAUAGAAUACAGAUUGAGAGGCAGUGACGGGCAAGAGCGUGAGAUACAGAGAGACGGGAGCGGGUCGUGGGAGCCUGCGUGCUCCGCUGAGGACUCCAGGAUGUCAGAACUGGAGGGGGCGGGAAGCCCCUGAAAUGUUUAGAGCGAGUUUUAGUCAGAUUGUCUUAGUGCCUGCUUCUGGGUGAAGUCUGGAUUAGAGGCGAGGCUGCACAUGGGGGCUUAGCACGUCCCCCAAAGUUCAUACGUUGGAAACUUAUUCCCCAAUGCGGUAGUGUUUGGAGCUGGAGCCUGAUGAGAGGUGCCUGGGUCAUAAGAGCUCUGCCCCAGAAAAGCAUUAAGUGCGUUAUCUCAGGAACAGACUAGUUAUCAGGAGUGUGGGCUCCUUAUGAAAGCAAGUUUGGCUGCCUCUCGUUUGCCUUCUGUUGCCCUCCUGCCUUCCAUCCUGGUAUGAAACACCGUUAAGUCCCUUAACAAUGCUAAUGUCAUGCUUCAGUCUUUGCAGCCUCUAAAUCCAUGAGAAAGAAGGGGUUUUUUUUUCUUUAUAAAUUUCCUGGUCUGUGGUAUUCUGUUAUAGCAACCCCAAAUGGAUUAUACAGGCCCGUACCCAGGGAAGAAAAGGAGAAAGAUUCAAGAAUUAGGAGGAAAUAGCUAACUCAAGCCAAAUUAGAAAGCAUGGUGGCUGAUUCGCUGAGGGAGGAAGGAGAAAAGAGUGUGUAUAUGAACUUAGGUUUUUGGCUUUGUUAAGUUUCCAGUGUUCAACUUCUGUUUAUACUGAAACUAAUGAAUCCAGAUGGACUCCGGUGUGUGAGUGCAGAGUGAGAAAAAUAUCUGAAUACUAAAGAGCUUCAUUUCCUCUACUAACUUUGAAAUGUUUAGAGACAUUUUCCCUUGAUGUAUGUGUCUUAGCAGUUGAGGUCAGGUUGGAGGCCUGGGACCAGGCUUGGAGGGGAAGGAAUAGUGGGCAGAUUUUAAAGAAUAGUUCCAGCCAGGAAGCCUGGAGAUGUUCCCCAGCUCCAGAUGGCCUGGCAAAGGGCUUCUGGGGGAGAGACUGGCAGUGGCCUCGUGACCACUAAGCAGGGAACUGAUAGGCCAACAGAAACCACCCCAGGGGCAAGCCACGGUGAGCAGCCUGCCGGACAGCAGGUGCCGGCCAGCAGGAGGAAAGUCAGGUGCCUUCAUUUCCUGCCUUUCAGCUGUGGGCUUGGUCCGGAGCUUUAUCUUGCUCCUCUUCUAAACAAAAAUAAUUAGGACCAACUGAUUAUUGAGACACUCAAGAGAAAAAAAAAGACCAUAGGACAUUUCACUUCAGGUAGCUGUUUGUCCUCCUGAGCAGCGGCAGGCCAUCUCUCCAGCACCCUGGCUCAGGGUGCCCUGAGGGCGAUCCCCACUUCCCUGUGUCCUGCCAGACCAGCUCAGGAAUUGUGGGCUCGGUCCUAAGCUUGCCCAGAGUCACGGAAGAAAGAAGCAAAGUUAACGUUCUACCGUGGGCUGCCAGCACCCCCAGCAAACUUCAGAAGACCAAAAGGGAUAUCAGAUGGCUUCAAGGAGUGACUGGUGAAUGGUUUGAAGAAAUUCAAAGAAAAAAGUUUUGCAAUGAAACAGAUGUUAGCAAAAUGUUCAAACAACCACUUAUGUACAGGCUAAGAGAGGAGAUGGCAAAAAAUGAUCCCGUGGAAUUACAAACAUCAAGAUCUAACAAUGUAACUAAUCCAAAAACCCCAGCAUCUGUUCCUUCUCGGCUGAGCUUCAGAUCAUCAUUUGCUAACCUAUUUUCGUUCAGAAAAUUUGGGCGGGAGACUGUCAAGCUCCAGUCGCUGGGACAGAAAGGGUGUGAUGGCCAGGUAGGACCUCCUGUAUCUAUGAGGGAGACCACUGUGGAGACAGAAAUAUACAAUUCACCUCUAAAAAAUCAACCAGUUGACCGUGCAUUUGUCUCUGAGCCUGCAACCAUGAAGGAAGGCAGUGGCAUACCGCCUCCCUGGAACGUUUCCGUGCUGGAGAAUGAGCUCUUCCAAGUUUUAGACGAUUUGGAUAGCACACUGGCUCAGGAACAAUCCGCAAUCUCAGUGAAUGCCAACAUGCCCCACAACUACGGACCAAGAACUCAGUUCAGUCAUUCUUACUCCACUGGGAGCAGGCAUAGUAAUAUCACCGGAAGACAUAAAAAUCGCUAUAAUGAAACCUCCAAUAUGUCAAUUUAUGACAUCCUGAGACCAGGAGCUCCUAGAGAAGGUUUUAAAACCUUUUUUCCUAGGACAAAGACAAUUUAUGAUAUGUACAGGACAAGAGAGCCCAGCGUCUUUAAAGAAGAUGAUGAUGUGCUGAAGAACACUUUUGGCAGUGCGUCCUUGUGUUUCGACAGCAGGCCACAAUCUGCCUCAGCAGCCAAGCAUUUCACAGCAAGAAGCUUACACUUUCCAGCCACAACUCAGAGCAAGAGUAGGUUUAUACGACCGAACUACCAGCAGAGCCCAAAGAGAACUCCGUUAUCAUCCAUCAUCUGGAAUAGACCUGAUUCCUCUACAGAUAGGCAGAACCAGCAAGCGUUCCUGAGGACACCAGCACCCAUGGAAACUGACCCUGUAGACCAGUGUGGAAACCCCAGGUAUUAUCAGGGAACUAGGAGAUAUGAACUGUACCAUUCACAAAAUGUUUACCAAAGCAUCCACCUAAAUGCCCCCAUGGAUAAUGCAAUGAGUCCUGACACUUUUGAGAACUCAGAGAAUAUGCCAUUCUAUCAUCAAGACAACCCAUUUGCUAGGUCUUUCUUUAGUAGUACCUUUAGACAAAGCAGAGAACAACAGUUUGGACAAAAUUCUUUUUGGGGCCACCAGGAAGAACAUUUUUCGUGGUCUGACUUUCACCAAGGCAGGAAACCAUUUGUUUAUUCUAACAGAGACUUUGAAAUGAUUUCCAUUGAAGCAAAUAGCACACCCGAUGCUCGUGAACACAGUGACCCUCUUCAACACUGGGAGCCUUUUCCUCCUGCUUAUGGGACACGUGUGUUCAGAGGCCAAGAAGAGCCACAUCCCUGGCAGUCUGACUUCCACACACCCCCACUGGAGAGCAUGGAGAUACCAAACAGUAAUGAAAACAAAUCGACCCCUCAUUUUGGUACACAAAAUAUUUACCCCAGGACUGGUCCACACUAUGGCAUCAAAUCUGGUGGUUUAGAACACCAGCAAGAUAGUUCUGCUGUAGAGGUACAUGUCCCCAAAGACCCUUAUUCAUCAAGAGUUUCUCAGACUUUAGCAGUCUCAUCCAAAACCUCCUUCCCUCAGAUUCCUGAUGUCAGAGGGAAUCUUCAGAGUCCUUCCUCUCUAAAGUCCACAAUCACUUUACAAAAAGUUAUUCCCAAUAAACCAGAUGCCCUGUCAGUAGGAAGCCAUACAGAAGUUACUGUGACCCAUGGCAAGUCAACUGAUCCUCCAGCUCCUGCUGAAACCCAGCUCACUAGGUUGGUCACAGAAAUGAAUAAUGAGACGGAGUCAACUAUAUUUGUUUUAGAAGACAAACAGCAAAGCAAGAUGGACCAGACAGCUGUGACAGGUGAAAUGCCACAACCUAGUUCACAGACUGACAGACAGACAGAUCCUUUUCCUGAUUAUCAAAAUCCCCUUUCCCAGGAGCCAACCAAAAAUGACAGGCUGAAUUUUAAUGCAUCUACCACAGUUUGUUCAGAGGGGUCACCAAGAGGCUUUGCCAGGAAGGAUGCCUCCAAAAUGUGCAUCUCAUACAGAGAUAAACCCAACAAACUUAAAAAAGAUAGAAGUUCUCCUGGGAAUCGAAAACUUGACUCAGCACCUUCCCUUCUUUUCACUCAAAAAAGCAGAAUUGCACCAUCUUUCCCCAACCCAGAGCAGAGUUGUGGCCAGGAAUUAAAAGGAAGUAAUGAAGAUAUUCCAGACAUCAUUAAUAAUAACCGCUGGCACUCUGAACCUCUGGACAGUCCAAACACAGAAUUUCCAGAGGAACCUGCUAGUUCAGAUCCUGAAGGAGUGCACAGUUCCACAGCUCCUGCUGCUGACUGCAACAAGCUCGUGGCGAGGCACAGUGUCUCCUGUGAUUCUUUAGACCUCUCAGACGUACCACCAGACUCCUCACCAUCCAGCGAUGCUUCCCUUGAUGCUUUGGUGAUUCCUUCCACCGAAGUGUUCUCCAGGAAAAGCCCAUCAGACAAAGAGCCAUCUAUGGGAGAAAGAGGAAACAAAGGCAGUGCUGGCAAGAACCAAAACAAUCUGGCUGCUGUAAGCUUAGCAAACCCAAAGAGUCACGAUAGUCAUACGCCGGGAAACGAUGCCGCAUGUGAUGUCAGCACAGGCCACUUCUACUCUCCUUUUAAAAGCAGAAGGGGAAAAGGAAAAAUAAGACGUCGCAUAUCUUAUAUUGAAAAGUUAAGUAAAACGGAGAGCACACCAGGUUCCACAACAGAAGGCAGUAGCCUCAUGGAGGAGAAUCAAAGCAAAUCCAAACCUUCUGAACUCAGCUCCACGUACUGUACCUUGCCAAGAAAGUCAGCCAGUUGUCUCAUACAUGGCAGGCAGCCAGGAAGUAAGAUCACGGCUACUUCAGUUAGGAAUGGGCCACCUCCAUUCCAGACAAAAAAUAAUAGGGAUGGUCCAGUUGGGAAGUACACAUCCAGUGAAUUCAGUCCCAGUUCUCCUGAGGCAAUGCGUCAAUGCUCCAAGGUUGUCUCAGAUGCAGCCUUGGUGGCAUCUAAAGCCACAGCAACAACGGCAGGCGUGAAAGUCAUUAGACCUGCUUCUGUCAGGAAAGGACCUCUCCCGUUCCUCAUUCAGAGAGCUAUGUCAUGUCCUUCAGAAGAGCUGUGUGCCUCACCUGGAAGAGAAGAAUCACCGGUCCCUGACAGAGAAGUGUCUGCUGUGACACCAAGGCCCAGGGAAACUGUCAUUCACCCCCUGGAAAGUCACUCGUCUAUUAGAGGUGACCCUAAAGGAUUUCCUCAAGAACACACUGAAAAAAAUGAUGAAAUUUCUGCCUCUGGGACAAGUAUAUUUACUCUUUCAGAUGAAGACCCUUCUUGGGCAGAAGUGUCAGAAAAAGAAAGUGGAAAAACAUUACGUAAACUUAAGACUACUAGUACGUUUUCUGUGUCUGGCGAUGAAGAUAAUGUAAAAUGUCUAGAGGUGGUUUCCAUAUAUUACACACUACCAAGGAAACCCAGCAAAAAAUUCUGUGAGCUCCUUCAACAGUAUAUACAAAAUACCAAUUCACUUACAGAAUCACUUCAAGCGGAGACCGAAACACUUUCUAAUGCUUCAGUAGAAAACAAAGUAAAUUAUCCUCUACAAACACAGUCAGGAACAUCUGCAUCUGAGGAUCUGAAAAGACCAGUCUGCUCCACUCAGCCCCACCUUUCUCCUGCCACCGACAGUGUGGCUGCCUUCCCACCACCAAACAGGGAGUCCUCAGGGCCGGCGUCACAGGAGAUGGCUUGUGCUGGGGCAGACGUUUCUCUUCAUAAAGGGGAAUCUAAAACCAGAGUGAUGUCUUCACAUAACUUAGCUAAUACACUUCCAGGGAUUCCACAAAGCCAGAAAGAGACGGGAGAAACAGGGAAAAGUGAAACCCUGCGUACCUCAUUCAUGCUUCAGGAUAAAAGUGCCACAGGUGAAAAAUCGCAAGGUUGUCAGCAAUCUGCUGAUGCCGGAAACAGUGGCCUCUCUGGACUCACAGUCCAUUCUGAAGAUAAUAAUGAAUCUUCUCAAACUGGAAAAUGUUCUGGGGAGUGUGUAGCUAGUGGUACAGCCGUUGUAUCUACUGAAAGGGGAAAUUGGCCUCAGAAAGAUCACACAGCCCAAGGUAUAGAUGACAGCUCCAGUGGAUCGCAGCCCAGGGACAUCAGAGAGAAGACUGGAAGAGAGUGCCAAACACUGACCGACAAAACUCUUUCUGACUCAGAAAGCCAAACUGUUGUUCUCGCUCCAGCACUGCAUGAACUACAGUUUGUUGACAAGACUCAAUCAAGAGAACCAGAUUUUAAAAGUCUUCAGUCUGAAUCCAGGCAAUUACCUCAAGGAAGUCAGGAGGUAAAUGUAACAGAGAGCCAGAAGGUCCAAGGUGGAAUACAGAUGUUGGCCCGGGAUCAAAGUUUACGUGCUGGAGGAAAUAAUAAACAUAAUACCAACCUGAGAGAUCUAGAAAAAGAAGAAAACACGUCUUCAAUUACCAGAUUGCCAACCAAAUCUAAAGCCAGCAGGAAAUUCCCAGCUAAGGAUUUAAGCCCCCAAAGACCUGUAGCUACUAUUUUCUCUAAAAGUGGGAUCAAAUCUGACUUUGGCCACUUAUUUCCUGGCAGCCAAGAGUACAACUCACUGGCACCCGAGCCUGCUCCGGAGUCCACAGAACCCACAGAGGAAAGCAGUUUGGGUAAUAAUGGAGUGAAUAUGGAGGCUACUGAAAUACCCAGCAGAGAAACUUAUAGAAACUCCUGUAACCAGAAGUCUAACGGCAUUUCAAAGCCACAUCAGGAUGAACUGAAUAAUGUCUCAGAAUCACCACCAAAGCAUGAGCAUUUUAAAAGUGCAACAGUAGGUGAGGAAAGGGAGUCAGAAAUCCCAGCCCAGUUCACAUUCACCAGCCUCAGGGACGCCGGCUCCUCUGAUCAUCAGAGGCUAAGUCCUCCUUCUCCUUUGGCGCCUACACAGAAAUCUCCAGUAAGUGUCUUACCAUCCAGCUGUCAGCAGCAACAGGGGAGAGAUUUGUCUCUGGAGUGGGAACCUGAGCCUCACCUGUAUAGAUCAAAGAGUUUGAAAAGUAUCAAUGUGCAUAGUGAUCUGCUGUGCAAAAGUCACCCUCCCAAAGUCAGGGGACGCCAUUUUUCUGAAAGGACAUCAACUGCCAGUGCUCUGAGUCAGCUGAGCCUUGCAGACGAACUCUCUCCCAGCAGCGGGCACAGUCGAAGAUUCAAGUCUUUUUCUGAACUUCCUUACUGUGACGGAAAUGAAAGCUGGACUUUGUAUAGCAGCAAAGAGAAAACAGGCCCCAAGUCUGCAUCCUCUAUAUCCAGACCGAUUGACUAUGGGAUUUUUGGGAAAGAACAACAGCUGGCUUUCUUGGAGAACGUGAAGCGGUCACUCACACAAGGAAGAUUGUGGAAGCCCAGUUUCCUUAAGAACCCUGGCUUUCUGAAAGAUGAUGUCGUUAGCUCUUCCAACCCUUCAGAGUCCUUAAGCUCGAAUUCUGCUAGCAGGCAAGUGCCAGAAGAUAGUUCAAGUCCAAAUGAACCACUUAAUAUAUAUGAGGAGGACCCACUGGACUCUGAUUGUGACACAGACACAACCACAGACAAUGAAUACUACCUGAAUGAAAAUGACAAAGAGUCGGAACUAUGAGAAUUUUUUAGAAAGGUGCACAAUGCAUUGCAUUUUGCUUUUCAUCAAAAGCUCCUUUGUAUGUCCAGGGAAAGACAGAUUUUAAAAGGUCCAGUCUAAGUAGCAUUUGCACUGAAAUAACUCAUUUUUCUUCCAUGACUUGUGUACCCACUUCCUGACUUCUAGGAACAAUGAUUUUUGUUUUUGAGGCGUUCUCUGCUGACUUCCUUCCCUUCAUAUUUGCUCUUGGUCUGGCUUCUCUCCUUCCUCAAAUUUUACCUCAAGUCACGUGCCAAUUUUCACUUUAUUUUCCUCGACUUCUUUACAUUCCUCAGUGUGUGAUUUACAUGUGUAAGUUUUGUUUUGUUUUUUAGUACCAGGAAUCAAACUCGCGACCUUGCACUUGCCAAGCAGGCACGUAAGCCAUGGAGCUAAAUCCCCAGCCCCUACACAUAUAAAUUUUAAUUGUCCUGUACAGCUAUGAAAUUGUACUUGUCUAUAUCCUGCACUCAAAAUAUUAAACAAAUGUAAGGACCAUGACCUUAGUAAAUAUUAUCCUGUUUGAGUCAAUAUUUAGGAAGUUUAAUGGGAUGUUUUUCUCUUUCUUUGUCUCUAAGGUAAAGGAAUUUUCGGAGGCUAUCCUGUUAAUCCGUAGUGGAGCCUGGGCAGGGAUUGGGGGAGUAACAUUUAAAGAACAUGUCAAGGUUACGGAUGAGGGACUGAAUCUCUGUUACUGCUCUUAAGAAUUCCUCCUAGAGAGUGGGGAUGCACUGAAUAUUAAGGGCUGAAUUGUAAUCAAACAAACCAAGUAUCUAAGCCAGGCAAGCUGAUGAUACAGACUGUGUUUUGGCCAUAGAAUUUCUGCUCAUAGAGUAUAACUGGUGAGCAGAGAUAAGCACAUGUGUCUUCACGGAACUGACUUAGAUUGCUGAUGUUCUGUCUGUAACUGGUUUUCCCCACCGCCCCAGAGCUGUCCAUUUCCCCAGUUCCCUUGAGGACCCUUCAGGUGGAGCAUUUUGGUCACAAUUAUCAAGUGAGAACCUUGGUUUAGUCCUUAAAAUGCCAAGUGUGAUCUAUUUCCAAGAUUCACAUGCUUCUCUGCUGGAUCCUUUACCAAGCCCUCAGAAGUUCUGCUGUCUGUCACUAAGGUAAAUCGCUGAUUCCACUGCUAAUCUGGCUUUACUAACUUUUGUUGCCACACAACAUGUAGGCCUUCCUCUCAAAAGCAGUGCAUGUUGCUAAAGAUAAUUUGCCAGAACUACAGAGCAUGCAGUCUGGAUCUCAAUAUAUGAUGACAGUCACGUGGCGGAUCUUAUCAGACAGUAUUUGAUGCAUAUUUACUUCCUGACAUGGUGUUAUUUUCUGCAUUUCUCACCAACUCUGUUUCAUCCAUUUCCAAAGACAAUGGUAGGUACUAGUAAAGCGUCUAGGGAUCUAGUACUGACACAACUGCAAGAACUAUGUUUAUUAUUGUCCUUUUAAACAUUGACUUGCUAGAAGCAAAACACCAGGCUAGCUUACACUGUUCCUGUGAAACUCAAAACUAAUGCGGGCGAGGUACGAACAUGAAGCUAUUCUUGAAAUCUGUCAGCUCUUAACCUUGGAGCUCUGAUCAAUUUUGAGUUCCAAGACACUUGUAAAUAAAAUGUUCUAAACUUUUCAAUGUAACUUUGUAUGUCAGAGGAUACAUACAUAACAUUGUAGUCUCUGUAAUGUAUGUUUGUAAAUUCUGCCUUUGUUUGCUAUUUAAUUAUUUAAGUAAAAUUUUCAUACACUAUGAGGUAUGUUUUCUGUGUAAUUUUAAGACAUUCAAGGUUAACAUUUUAGUAUUAAGAUUCUGCUUUUUUUAAUGAUCAACUUGCACAUUCUGUUCAUAAGUAUUCUGAGUCUACAUGAUUGCUACAAAAGGUGAAAUGAAGUUAGCCUAUUUUCAGUGAGUUUUGGCCAUAUCAACAGUUAGGCAAAUGAAGGUAAAAAUGAACAGCUGCUUUGGUUCCUCUGCCCUGAAAUCUACGGUGUUAAUUCAAAGGUGAUUGAUAAUCAAUGCUUGUUUACAUUAUUUUUAAGGUUUGCUUGUUGAUCUGGCUCAAGAAUCAAGAAAAGGGAAAAUUCAUGAAGAUAGCACCUUCUAUAGUUUUAUACUUUUAUAAAGUACUUCAUAAAAGAAGCAUAGCAGGUUUCUAUGUAUUUUAACAUACAAAUGGCUGCUUUUUAAUGUUCCUUUUUUGUAUAGCUCUAGUAAUUUAUAAGUCAUUUUGAUAUUCAUGUUUUCUAAAUGAUAUCAUUAUUAAAAUAAAUAUUCAUGUAAGUGGAGAAAUAUCACUAGGGAAUCAACAGUAUAGGCACCUAACGAAUGGUUAACUUUAGAUAUUAGACUAAUAUAACCAUAAAUUCUGUACUGUUGAAUACUACAGAAUAGUGUUUAAUGACAUUAUUUUCAUUUUCAGAGACUUCCUACUAAAUAAUUUAUCCUUACAUUGUUAACAUGAUGACUUAGUAAACCCCUACUGCUGCAAAGUUUUGGCUAAGCGUAAAAAAAAAUCUUUGUAGACCCUGGAGCUGAGAAAGGAAAGUCCUCUUAAAUUAUGAUGUAAAGUGAUAAGCAGAUGAAAAUUCUUCAUAAAUAUCUUCCACUAACUGCUAGAGGGAAGAUGACACCUUAUUGCUAAGCAUUUAUUAUUCAUUACAAUGCUUGAGAAUGUCUAGUUUAAAUGUACAUGUAAAUAUGUAAUGUUUUACUUUCCAAGCCACAGUGUGAAACUAUCCAGCUUACUAGAUCUUGGUGACUGGCAGUUCUGAAACAAGCCCUAGGCACUGUUGUUAGAAGUAUCUUUUAUGUAGCUCUCUAGGUAUGAAAUGUUACAGGGUCCAAAUUUAAAACAAUGCUUGAAAUAAAUUAUUUAAACAGAUGUUCUAGUUGACUGAAUUGUUAUUCGCAUCCUCAAAUUUUUAAGUAUGAAAGUUCCAGGAAACAUACAAAGAGCUAGGGCAAAAGUAUUUGGACCAAUUUUCUGUUGGAUGAGAUUUGCCAUAUAGAUUUUUCCCCCAGUUUUUAAAAACACAUAGUCUUUAACUCACUAUGUUGUCUAGGCUGAUUUGAACUCCUGGUGAUGCUCCUGCCCCAACCUCCGAAGGGCUGGAAUUACCAGUGUGCGCCAUCACACCCAGCUCUUAAAAAACAAAAAAGUUGUGACUUGCUUCUCUCUUCUUUCCCUUGUACUCAAAAAGCAAAAAUCCAAUAUCAGAUGAUGCGUCUGGUUGCACAGUAGAAGAGAGCCUGACAUUUCUUUAUAGGAAUUCUCAGAUUUAUAGAGAAGAGGGGAACUAAGUGGAACUUGAGGUCAUCAGUUGCCUGGUAGCACUGAUAAAAGGUUAAACACAUGUUUUUCUUUUCUUUUUUACAAAACAUAACAAUCAGAACAAAGCAGAGCAGAGGAAAACAAUGUAAGUGACACCGGAUUUCAGAGCAGGACAACAGGAGAUCAAUACUGGCUACCAUAAUGUCUCUUGUUUUCUUCUAAAUAGUUGUCUAUAUCUUCACACACAAUGAAUUCAUACAAAACAAAAUAGUAUAAAACUGAUCAAAACAGAAUAAUGAAGGCAUUACAGGUCUUCAAAACCAGACAAUAGGAAAAUCAAUGGUUAUCAUAAUGUCUUUUGUUGUCUUCAAAAUAGCUGUCCAUACCUUCAUGAAUGUUGAAAUUAAAUAAUACAAAACAGACUAAAACCACUCUAAACAAAGAACAAAAAGCAUUACUGGAUUUCACAGCAUGACAAUAGGAAAUCAGCAAUGGACAGCAAAAUGUCUCUUCCUUCAGAGUAGCUGUUCAUAUCAUCACACAUAAUACAAUCAAUUCUUGUAAACUGUUUAGAAGUUCUAGGCCUGUAUAAGCCUCUACAUGUACGUGUAUCCUUUCUGCAUUAGAGAGAAAAACAAACAAAACCAAAAAUUUCUAGAAAAACAAGAAACAAGGGGGCUGGGGAUUUAGCUCAGCGGCAUAACCACCUGCCUUGCGAGCAGGCGGUCGUGAGUUCGAUCCUUGGUACCAAUAAAAAUGAAAAAGACAAAAAAAAAAAAAAAAAAAAAAAAAAACAAGACAAAUAAA